GGCUCGGGCCGCUGUUAUCGCGAGAGCUGGGCGCGAGUUCCCGUGAGAUCUCGUCGCCGGGGCGAGGAGGGAGAUCCAAGCGGGCGGCGGUUGGCGAGCCAGCCAGGAGACCCCACUCUGCCCGGCUGCAGGGCCCGUUGAGUCAAGGAUUCUCUUGGGUACCUCUGGAGAUUUCUCUGCAGAGACUCCUCCUCUCAACUGGAUCGCUGCGGGGACAGACAAGGACCCCGAGCCAUGGAGGACUUGGAAAAUAAUACCACUGUCUUCUCCACCCUGAGAUCCCUCAACAACUUCAUUUCACAGCGCAUGGAGGGGGUGUCUGGGCUGGCCACACCGGGAUCGUCUCAAAGCUCCUUGCAGAUUCAGUACCAGCAGAGGGUGCAGUUGGAGGAACAAGCUGGGCAGAUCCACUCCAAAUCCCAGCUCCUGCAGGUGGAACGAGAGAAGAUGCAGAUGGAGCUGAGCCACAAACGAGCUCGCAUUGAGCUAGAGAAGGCAGCUACUACCAAUGCCAGAAACUAUGAGCGAGAAGCUGACCGCAACCAGGAGCUGCUCACACGCAUCAAGCAAUAUCAGGAAAGGGAAACAGAAGCUGAAAAUAAACUGAAAGAACAAAUGGAGAUGAACAAAUCCUAUAAGAAGAGCAUGGAGACGAUGAGUAAGAAGCUGCAAGAGAAGGAGAGCAAACUAGCUGAAGCUAAUGAAACAAUCACAAUAUUAAAAGGGAAAAUAUCAGAGCUGCAAUGGAAUAUAAUGAAUCAAGAGAUGCAGAUGACAAGCCAAGACUCUCAGAAGCAGGAGCUGAUGGAACAGCUGGAUGUUCAACAGAAAAAAUGGCAAGAGGCUAGUCAGCAAAUCCAGACGUUGCAAGCAGGCCAGUCCCUCCUGGCAGAAUAUGAACAAAAGAUUAAGGACCUGGAGCAGAAGCUCUCCCAGCAGGAACAUGAUGCUGUAAUUGUCAAGAACAUGAAAGCAGAAUUGGCCCGUUUCCCAAAAAUGGAGCGGGAAUUGCGCCAGCUCAGGGAGGAAAAUGCCUACUUCAGGGAAAUGAAAGAAAACAACGGGUUGCUUAAAGAGGAGGUAGAAGGUCUGCAAAGAAAACUGGAACGCUAUGAGAAAGUGCAAGCACAGCUAGUGACUGUUGAAUUGGAAAAUGAGAAACUUCUGGGGAAAUUAAAAAGCUGGGAGAAACUGGACCAGAGCACUGGCUUGAAUAUCAGGACACCUGAUGAUCUCUCGAGGCAAAUUGUGGCCCUGCAGCAAAGGGAGCUUGUGCUGAAAGAGCAGAACUCCACCAUCACAAACAGUGCCCGGAUGCUGGAGAAGGCUCGGCAGCAGCUACAGGAGGAAAUCCUGCGGGUUCAGAGCCAGCUCUUGGAUGAGAAGAAGAAACGUGAGCAGCACGAAGCGCUGGUCAGACGGCUGCAGAAACGUGUCCUGCUGCUCACCAAGGAGCGUGAUGGGAUGCGAGCGAUUCUGGAGUCGUACGACAGCGAGCUGACCCCUUCGGAGCACUCGCCGCAGCUGAGCCGGCGGAUGCGCGAGGCCGAGGAGAUGGUGCAGAAGCUGCACGCUCAUAACACCGAGCUGGAGGGCCAGCUGUCUCAAGUUCUGGAAGAAGUGGGAAAUCAUAAGCAAAGAGCAGAGAUGCUGGAGGUGGAGAUGAAGGUCCUGAAGUCUCAAGAGUGCACAGCUGAGCAAAGUACCGUCGUCACCAAGGAGGAGGUUGACACACUCAGGCUGAAAAUUGAGGAGCUGGAAGCUGAACGCAGCAAGCUGGAAGAGGAGAACAGAUCCCUGGAGAUGAAACUGGAGAAGCUGACUGUGCAGGUUUUCUUGCUCAUCCCAGGAGGGAUGCGCUGGUGUCUGGCACCGCCUGGUCCACGGAGGCGCCUUCUCAGCCAUCUGCACUUGCGCUUUGCUCAGGACCUGCCUCCAUCCUCUCGUUCCGCUUCUCCAGCCCCGUUCUGCCCAGGGUGCCUGUCGCAGCUGCUCCGAGGGUUGUGCGUGUUGAGAGAGCCCAGCGAAGGCUGAACAUUGCAGAGCCCUUGCGGCAUGAUUCUGUGGAUCGGAUUUUAAGCUGCCUUGAGCCCACUGCCAGUCUACCCGUUCCUGUUCCCUGAGAGAGAACGGGAAAAUACUUUGCAUUUUUGAAAAUAAGUAAAAGUUGUCUUCAAAAUUUCCUCACUAGCAGCCCAGUCUCCCGUUACUCCACUGUCCUCUUUCUCCUCGGUGUCCCGGUGUUUUUCAGCUACUGUUCUUUCACACACAAAGAACCACACAGAAUCAACUGGGUUGGAAAAGACCUCAGAGGUCAUCACGUCCAACCCUUGGUCCAACUCCAGUCCCAAGAGCUUAGAGACUGAUCACUUGAAGCUCAUUUGUUGGGAGCAGUAUAUAAAAAGAAGGAUUUUAAUCCACCUUCUGCCUCCAAGCACCUUAUUCUUUGAGGGUGCUCUUUUCACUUUAUUUUCACAUGAUUAUUUCAGAGAUGGGAGUGCUCCGGACCAGCAGCAGCUGCCCGCAGUGGGGCUGGCAGUGCAGCACAGCAACCGAAGCACAGUAAGAUCGAUUCCUCACUUCCAGCCCUGUGUCAGGGACACAGGAACAAGUUGGUCAUCUCCUGAAAGCAAAGGUUGGCUGGUUGCUGCGGUAGCACCUUACAAAAUCCAUCCCUGACAGAAGCACAGAUCAGCAAUAAGGUUCUCAUAAGCAAAAAACCCAGGGCUCAGGGUUUCUUGUUCAGUUAGUGAUAAAUAUUUGGUCAGGUAACCUUAUGGAAAAGUAAAAUACCCAACAUAAAUGUUGAUGAGGCGUAGAGGCAGGAGAGAAAACGCGGCAGCAGAGAGCGGAAUAUGGUGCUACAGCAGAGCGGCAAACACGUUUGUGUGAGGUUUGAGUUAAUAAACAGGCUGCGGAGCCGAAGAGAAGGCACCGAUCAGUUCUUACCAGUGAGAUAACAUUCAGAACACAAAUCAGAGUGUGCGCUUGGUGAGGAUCCAGGCAGAAUUCAUAACAUUUAAUAGUAUUCUCAAGUUCAGCAUGGACGAGCUCCUGAUUGAUCCAGAGAAACCAGGUGUGUAUUAAGGAAUAAUUAAGGAUUAAUUGUUAAGGAAAAUAAAGGGUGUUUUUAGUGUAGAGAGGCAGCCACGUUAUGGAUUCUUGUAGAGCUUUUUUAAUGUGGAUCAGAAUUACAUUUGUGCAGAAUGGUUGUUUUACGAAGCAUGCGUUCAUACGUGGUCAAGAGGGAUGUAUGUAGAGAUGCGUUUUGUGACUUCUGUUCUUGAACUUUCACAUCUUAAUCCAUCCUUAUUUCUCUCUUCACCAUCUCCCAGAAAAGCAGAAGUCCUUAAAUUAGCUUUACUCCCUUUAGAUCAGGAUGGAGAGUCCCUCAUGUAAAGCCCAGUGACCAAGAAAGGUGGCAGGUGACAACCCUGUUUCCAUUCUCUGUUUCAUUGCACUCUAAUCACCAAAUAACCCGUGUAGUUUACCAGUGGACUGGAUCACAUCCAUAUGGAUCCGUAUGGAUCAGUUGUGUUCAAGUUGUCAUUACGACCGUGAAAAAGACAUUUCCUUUAGGGGAAAACCCCACAGUCUCCGUGGCUGUAUCUGAAGUGCCAUUCUGCUUUUCCAUCACCUGAGGACUCGAGCAGCUCUGCCGCUCUGAAAUAUUAACAUGAAUAUAUAUUUGAAAGUAUUUUUAUAUUUAGAGGCAUUGAUUCUAAUGUAAUUCCUCUGCAAAUUAAAACUCUCCUUGAAAAACAUUAAAUUGUCAGUGAUAACAUCUAAGUUCUUGUUAUGUCUAAGAGGAAUAAACGCUGAAGUUACAGAAUUGUCUGGAGGCUUAGAAAGUAAGAGGGGGAAUUAACGAUAUGAGAAAGAAUGGAUGAAAGUCUUGGAUAACACUUUUUUCCGAAUUGGAGGAAGCGGAAUGAGUUGAAUUAAGAGGUUUAUGGCCAAAAAGAAUAUCCGUUUAGUCGGAUCUGCUAUAGAACAGAAAACAUACAGUUUGAAGAGAAAUCUCUACCCAGUGACUUGUGGUUGCUCCACCACCUUUUUUUUAAUAAGAUAUCAAAUAUUGAUUUAUAGAUAUUGUUCAAAAGACAAUGUAUUGGUUUCCCUGGUUAGCCAUCCCUAUUAAAAAUAUAUAUUAUCUCGCGUUUGCCGACUUCACCGGGAGCUGUUGGGUUCUCACUGUGCUUUUGUUUGCUAGAAGAACCGCCUGGUGUCAGAUUUCCACCCAAGAUCCUGACCAAAUUGCUUGAGCCUUCUCCGUAGUAAAUGAAAUAGUUUGAUUUCCAUUCAUUUCUCAUGGCAAGAUGUGUUUUUCAGGCCAUGAAUCAUUCAUGGCAAUCUUCUCACGACUUUCUAUAAUUUUCAACAACCCUCUUAGGGAUGCGCGCUCACCUGGAUGCAUUAUCCCCAUAGUGGUCUCAUCAGUGCUGCAUUCAGAGACAAUAUUGCUUCUCUGGCCCACCUCAUAGGUAUGUAAAGAUUCUUGCUGCUCCUUUUCUCUCCCCACAGCAUUAAAUUGGAGAUACCCCUUAGUUAUUAACCAUGGCCAAACCCCUCCUCACAGACGCUGUUUCCAGAAGGUCCCCGCUGUGUUGUGUACCCGAGACCACGCUCUGCGCUCGGGAUGUCUCCCGGUGCAUUGGAAUUCAUGCGGGAUGAUUCUGCCCAGCACAAUCAGAUUUCUAAGCUGUCUUUGUGGGCUUUGCUGUUUGCUACAAUUCCGCCUUUGUGUUAUCUGCGCAUUUUAGUAAGGAUUUAUUAUUUUCCUAUAUAUCUUAGAGAAUGUAUGCUGCAUACGAUUGGCCUAAGAAGUGAUUCUUAUUGGAAGUAACUGGGAAAUGUCACUAUUAGUUCAUCAGCUUCUGGGCCAUUUAAAAACUGCCACAGUCUGAUUUUGCAUCAGGCUAGUUUUAAAAGAAAAUGCGAUUUUGAUACCAAAGCAAAUACGUUACAGAAUUCCUAUUCUGUUAUGUCAACACCGUUAUCUUAAUUAACUGGAUUUGAAAUCUCUUCAAGUCUAUUUGACAAGACCCGUUUCCCAUGAAAUUGUGUUACUUGCUUUUUCUGAUCUUUCUUUCUAAUGGAGUUGUGUAUCAGUUCUGUCUUGCGAGUUAAAGCGAUCCAGUUUGCUGCCUUCUGGAAGCUUCAUGAAAAGCGACCGAGGCAGCAGAUAACUUGAUCUGUAUGAGGCAAGCUGCUUAAUCUCAUUUCUCGGUCUUCACAGUCUGUUCACCAGCCAGCGCUGUCUCAUUCCAACUGCAGCCAAUGCAAAACGUGCCGAUCGAUGCUGCCGAUGGGUCAUUAGUAAUUUGCAAACCUCAGUAAGUGAAUUCAUCUGAUUCAAGGUUUUAAGCUGGAGAAGAAAGUAGAGGAGGAGUGAUGGAGCGGGCUGGAGUAACGGAAACGGAUAUUUGCUCUCAGCUGAAAUGUAAGCAUUGUUGGGCUCUGUUAAGCAGGCGAUGGCAGAGAUUUGUCCUCCUUUCGCAGUGAUUACACAAAAUAACAUAUUUUCUGAAAUCACUAGCAUCAAAUGUGGUUUUCCCUUAUCACCUCUCUUGAUCUUUUUUUUUGCCGUUAACCUGCUGGAGGAUAAAAUGUAUAAAUUUAUGCAAGUAAAAUCUUUAUCAUUCUGGAGGCCCCUUUUUGCUGGUUCAGGCAGAUGAGUUCUGAGGUGCUCGCUUACUGUUCAGUAUCCGUUUGGGGCAGAAAUAGCAGUAAUUUUAAGAUAUUAAGACUGCUUUAAAAACAAAACAGUAGUUGAAAUAUGAAAAAUGACCAGGUAAUUGCUACCGAAGUCUAACGAAGGAGAAAUACGUUCCUCCAUAGUAAAUGAUGGAAGUCAGUGUGAUCGUGCACCUAAAGGCGCUGUCUGAAAAUCUGUAGUUACCCAAGUGCGGAAAGCCUGUCUUUAGGUUUGCUCAGAUCAACUUGAAAAGAUGCUUUCUCACCUGCAGCUAGUCUGUGUUUCUGACUUAUGUUACCUAAUUAAAACUUAAUGAGAAAGAAGUAACUACCGCAGAGCAAGAGCAUGUUGUGCUGGCUGGUGUGAGGCCGAACCGGCCUCUCCUCGCUGGCUUGUUAUAAAUGGCCAGAGAACUGGUUUCCCACUGAGAAACACUAGAAAACGAGAAUUUCUCCUCAUUCACGAUUUUCUUUCAUAAAAUGUUGUGAUUCAUGUUGAUAUGAAGGAAGUGGUGAUAAAAACCCAAACCUGAGUUCUGUACAGCAGGAACUCCUGUGUUUUGAACGGGCUUUUAUGGGGUCUUAACAGUUUAUAGGUUGACCUGGCAGUCAUAAUUCUGGAAAAACAUGGCAGUAAAACUUGAAAUCAUCGCCCCUUCGCAUCUCUGUGCAAAAUGUGCUUGUUGUUCUCCAGGCCAUUAGCAUGGUGAAGUAAAACCGGUGAAAUCAAAUCAAACAGGAGACAGGGCGGUUGUAUUUCAGACCAUUAAGUCGUGCGCAGAUGUCUGGACAGUUUUGUGCCCAGCAAAUAUAUUUCAAGAUAGAUUUGAAUCGGUUUUGGCUCAACUUUGUAGUAGUCUAAGCUUGAAUAAAGAUGUGUUGAAGGUGAGUUGGUUUAAGGCAGGUUUAGUGUGUUGAGUCAUUUUGCCAACAGGCUGGUGAUGCCAGCGUGAUGCUCCUUAGUGUUUUCCCGCAUCUUUGGUUCAAAUUGCAUUUAAAAACAGAUGGAUGAAUAGUAGUUGAAGAUUUGCAGGCAACCAAGAAGUAGUUUCCCCCAGUAGAAGCCAAGAAAGUGUAUUUAAGCAGAUGGUUGUGCUGAUAUAAGUGCCCCACGUGGACAAAUGGUGGGGGGAUGUAGCUUAUGGCACCUACAGAGGUGCAGCAGAAAUGGCAAAACCUGUCCUCAUGCCAGGGAGGGUUUUCUCUUUGUCGUGGAAGUAGAAGGGUUUAACCUGAGGCUUGUUUCUGCAGACAAGGCUCCGGUGGGUCCCUGUGCUGUCCCUGCGGUGUGGACGGCGGCUGCUCCUCUUCCUUCUGCUCCAUCUAACGCUGCUGCCAUACAGCUUGAAUUUCCCCUUCUCAGCCCAAUAAUUUAUUCCCAUAUGGAGAGUUUAUGGGUCUCAUCAGCAUAUUUAUAGAAUCAUUUUGGUUGGUAGAGCCCUUUAAGAUCAUCGAGUCCAACCGUAAUGGGUAAAACAAACCCAAGUUAGCAGCUCUUAGUUUCUCAGACCAUAUGUAACUAGUGAGGGGUAUUGAUUCAGUUUUGGUGUGAUGUAGUUUAUAAAUAUGCAUGAGGAUUUAGGGUUAUUUAACUGUGCUUUUUAAUUCUCCUUGCAUUGCUGACUCUUCUAGUCGGGAGUUUCUUUGUAUGCACAUCAAGCUGCUCCGUGACAGCCCCGUUCUCACUGCCUGGGACCUCUCAGAUGUUUUUAAUCCCAAGUCUGUAGAAAGUUCUAAUGUUCAAGGAAUAAAAGGACACAAAGUGAUGCCCUUCUGCAUGGGGACCAAGGGGGCAGAGUCCAGGUCCCUGAGGAGCUGGGGAAGGAAACCUGGGACCAAAAGGCAGUUGUCACCAGGUGGGGAGGAGGAAGGAGAUGGAGGAGACCUUUUCCAUGCCCUGGAGAAGUGGAAAAAGAGCUCUUUUCGUCAGGGAUCUUACAGCUUGCUUAAAUAAAGUAAGUAACCCGAUCAAAUGGUGAAAAGGAAGGGAAAAUUAAACAUUUGCCUAUUUACCCUGAGGAGCUGGAAGAGAAUGUACCCUCUGAAUCGAUAUUUGGAUGUUUUAGAUACUCAGGUCUCUUACUUGAGCAAGAGUAGAGCAAACAAAAGUGGGUUCUGCAUAUUCAACAUAUCUAAGCAAAACUGCAGUGACUUUCUGGUGAAUAAUGUAGGUAGCUACAUGGAGAAUAAGAAAGAUAUGUACCUGUAUAUACAUUUUUCUGAGAUGUUGGAAGCUCCCUAUUUGCUCUCUCACUUCUCCCUCUACCACUUUAUCAAUUACUAGAGGAAUUUCCUGCCAGCACCCUGGUGCUGAGGUGUUUUGGGGAAGAUGAGCUCUCCGGGGCCACGCUGCGUCAAUGCAAACGCCGCAUCACUGAGAGGAGACCGUGACAAAAGGAAUAAAACAAUUCUUCUCCAGCUCUUCUUCCCCUCGGUGUGUUGCAAGGACACGUUUUAUUUUCCUCAUAUUUAUCUUCUACUUGGCCAAAGCAGAAGGAGCGUGGGAGGCGAUAACCUCUCGCAGUGAGAGGCUGCAGCGGAGCUUGUUUAACCUGGAGCACAUUUGCUAUAAAACCCACUCACACACUGCCCGGCUGCUCGAGGGGACUGUCAGCAAUGAGUCCUCCAAACCAUUUGCGUCUGUCACGGUUCCUGUAUGAUGUGAAAGGGAACUUGACUUGCUCUCUAAGUGGAGCCGCUUCCCGCUGGAGACAGGGAAUCCGUUAAUGCCGGCGGGGGAGCUCGGCCGGGGCCGACGGUGCACGUUCAUUCACCGGAAAGCAGCGGAGUUAUUCAGGGUUUGCUUCGUAGCCUGUGAGGUCAGAGUGAUACAUCCAAGGACAUAUAAUAGUGCUUUCAUAUGCAUUAAAUUACAGGCUCAAAACGUCCUGCCUUUAGGAAGUGUCGGCACUGCUGUUGAUUCUGUCGUGGUUGACCUCAGCAACCAGCCUGUGUGCCCUGGUUUUGUUAAAAACAAGUUUCUUUUUUAGUGAAUUUGCCUGUCAGGUAAAGCCUUCUUAUCAUAAUGCCGCAUUUUCCUGAAAAGCCAGAUACAUGUUUUGGUAGACAUAGCAGUGGAAUGCGAGGUCGAUGUUAAGGACGGAUGCACAUCCCGCGAGAGCAGUGAACUGAAACAGGUGACCAAAAACUGACCAGCCAAGUAUCCCAUCCCAUUCACGUGAUACUUCAUAUAAAAGUGGGAGAUCAUGAGGAUCUCGUCCUUUUUCCUUAUGGCGGCAUUAGGAAAGGACCUUGCAAGUCGUUCCUGUGAACUGAGGCCCAGUGACAGACUGAAUCCAGCUCCAGUUGGCCGCAGAGUCCAGUCCAGGACUUCAGGUGCCGGCCCUACAGUUGCCGGGACUUUCCAGAUUGGUUUUGUGUAUUUUGUAUUAUUUUCUCUAUUUUUAUUGGCAGCAUCAGUAAAACAUUUUUAAUUUAUCCAGCUCUCUCCUCCCUGUCCUUCUUUCCCUCCUGAUCACCUGUCCUGAGUGGGAAGGGGGGACAGGGAGGGGCUGAAGGGGGAGGGGGGUUAACAAUACAUCUGCCACGGUUUUAUUGUCGAAUCAAAACCUCGACACCAUGCGAUGCGUUUGCUGGACAAAUAAGCAACAUGAUUGACAGCUCUUCUUGUCACUUUUCAGGCUUGCAUAUGUUCAGCUGAACUUUGCAUCCUACAGUCAGAUCAUGAAGGCAGUGCCUUCUUAUAGGGUUUUUAAUUAUUCCUGUUUCUUUUCGUGUAAGAUACCAUCUAAAAAUAAGGUUUUGCUAAAGGUUUUGCUCUUCACUAAUUAGGUAUAUUAACGGGAAAAUCUGAUUACAUUGCUGUUUCGCUUUCCUUUAUACAGUCUUGAAAGAGGGACCUCUGGCACCGUCCUGCUCUCUGCCCGUCCCAUGGCGCAGCCCACCUGGGCUCUCCCCUUGAAAUCCCCACUGAAUUCAUGCCAAAGUGGGCAUCGUUUUAAUGAGACUUACAGAACGGUGUUGGGAGGGAAAGCUUUGCAUGGCUGAAUAUCUGGAUUGGAUAAAUACUACCAAAAAACUCAUGUCAGGUAUCUUCCAUCUUUCUUGUCUGUACAGUAUCUGUGUGUGCGUGUUGCAUUCAGAAUAAGAAAACAGAGCAGCAAAGAGGUGGUUAUUUCUUUUUAAACUGUGCGUACUUCUCUUGAAAAGCUGGGUUGGGCCUGACACUUCUCAACAGUUUUCUUAACCAAAGGUGACUUCAUUUGUAUGGGAAAGUUAAUAAAAUGGUUGUUUGAAAUUCAGAUCUGAGAGACAGCUUUUCUCACCAUGAAGUGAAGUCUUAUAUUUUUAUCACUCAAACUAUAAUGCCUUUGGGACUGUUUUCAGAACCUAUAUGCUUUUGAUUUUCAGUGUAUUUAUCAGAGGUUUUUGAACCAUCACAGGUCUCCUCUGCAUGCUGCCAGAGUGUAAAUAAUAGCAACUUUUAAUGGACUUGUUCUCUGGAAACACAGACAUCCUCGGUGUGAAAAACCCAGUGUAGAAACCCUGGAGUUCAAAUCCCUGUGUGGUAACAAACUGCCCUGGAGCAACCUGUGAUUUUCUGCCAUUUCAGUAAAAGGAAAAGCAGCAAUUGAAAAGGACAAUGAACAUUCAGAUGCAUCUUUUCCUCUAGAUUACCCAGCUCCAUGCCAUUCCAUGUCUUUCUGUCCUGACUCUUAACCUUCUUGUCACGUUUGUUUGCAUCUCGGACCUCAUCUGAAUGCCUCACUCAAUGCAAAUUGUAGUCUUGCACCCUCCAGGGAAUAACGCGUUUGUGAGUAUAGAGAAAAGAUCUCCUCUUUAAAACUGUACCUGAAGGGCUUCACACUGGCGAGACAUUCUAUUUUAUUACUUGUAUUGCAGCAGGGCCCAAAACGUGUUACACGUUGUACCAAAAGAUAUGCUCUGGUAUUAGAGCAGCAUUAUUAGGGUGAUUAGAGCUUUUUUGUCUGCGAUACAUCCCAACUCCAACCGACCCGCUGUCUCAUUGCUAAUUUGCUGGCGAUGCUGCGGUAAAGAGGGCUAUAGGCAGGAAUAUCAAUGAGUGUGUGAAGUGUGGCAGAGCAGCUCAGAAGGGGAGAGAAAAGACCUGUAGAAAUGUGUGCACACCAAAGUGGUGGAAGGAGGAAUGUGGGGUAGAAGGUGGGGAACCAGCAUGAGGCCUGGUGGGAACAGUUGAGCCUUUGCCCAACAUCCAGCACCUUCCGUUUGGUUUUGUGGUUUCACACACAGAAUCACACAGGAUGUCAGGGGUUGAAGGGCCCUGGCAAGCUCAUCCAGUGCAAUCCCCCCAUGGAGCAGGAACACCCAGAUGAGGUUACACAGGAAGGUGUCCAGGCGGGUUGGAAUGUCUGCAGAGGAGACUCCACAACCCCCUGGGCAGCCUGGGCCAGGCUCUGCCACCCUCACUGGGAAGAAGUUUCUUCCCAAAUUUAAGCAGAACCUCCUGUGUUCCAGUUUGCACCCAUUACCCCUUGUCCUGUCACUGGUUGUCACCAGAAGAGCCUGGCUGCAUCCUCCUGACACUCCCCCUUUCCAUCUUGAUCCCCAUGAAUGAGUCCCCCCUCAGUCUCCUCUUGUCCAGCUCCAGAGCCCCAGCUCCCUCAGCCUUUCCUCACACGGGAGAUGCUCCACUCCCUUCAGCAUCUUGGUGGCUGCGCUGGACUCUCUGCAGCAGUUCCCUGUCCUGCUGGAACUGAGGGGCCACAACUGGACACAAGAUUCCAGGUGUGGUCUCCCCAGGGCAGAGCAGAGGGGCAGGAGAACCUCUCUGACCUACUGACCACCCCCUUCUAACCCACCCCAGGUACCAUUGGCUUCCUGGCCACAAGGGCCCAGUGCUGGCUCAUGGUCAUCCUGCUGUCCCCAGGACCCCCAGGUCCCUUUCCCCUACGCUGCUCUCUCAUAGGUCAUUCCCAUUUGUUUUUUUUUCUUUUAUUGAUUUGUUUGUUUGGGGUUUUUUUGUUUGUUUUUACCCCAACUGUUUCUGGUUUGGAGUCCCUACAUACUGGCAAAGCUAUGAGGAGCAGGUGGUGGUUGUUGCUUAUUUGUUAGCUUGCUUUGUCUCAUCUUUGCAAUCCAUUUCUGUUGAUAGAGCUCCUGUUCCAAGAGCUUUGAAGAUCCCUCGGUGUCGUUAUCCUGUGUGGCAGAGGGAGCUGGGGCCGGUCAGCGCGCUGGGUACACAGGGAGUUGUCUGGGAUGCGGUUUAGUUUGGGUUUUGCUCUCAUCCCUUUAGCAAGCUUCAGCAGAGAAACAAAAAGAACAAAACCAAGAAACAGAAUUUCCAUUAAAAUGGCAUUUCCUGAGGUAGGAUUAAGCUUUCUGAGACUGCCUUGUACUGGGUGCAGAAAUGCCUCCUGUAUCCUUUUGUAGGAGAGAGUUAGGUAACGAAAAUGAUUUAAAAAACCCCACUGUUAAAGUAAAAAUAAAGGUAAACCAGGAGAAGCUGCUCACCUCUAUAGUCAGGCUGUGUCUAGUUAAUAGGCUGCUGCAACAAGAGCUGCAGAUGGGGACUUUGCAUGUGCCUUUCAGGUGAUAAAUUCCAAUUUUGCCUUCCCCUUUUUUUCUUUUUGUUCUCCAUCUUUGAGCACAAUUUCCAAGGGGUAUUGAUGCGGGACUAAGAGCAGACAAUUCUUGAUGUAAAUGCUGUAACUGUAAGCUGAAGAUAAAUACUUUCAAAGAUGA